AUGGGUUCCUCGGGUCUGCAGCUGGUCUGUCCUUCUGAGCACGACAUAUACUUUAAUCUCAAUGGAGACGGCUAUUCAGAGCCCCUCACCGGCGCUUUGGUGUUGCAGCGCCGCGCCCUCAAUCUCGAGUCUGCCCUUCAAAUGCAAAUUCACCUCAUGCAGACCGUACUAGGGGAGAACAGCCCUCCUGCUACAGUCCCCGAGAAGAACUUCUUAAAGCGAAUUCGCACUCCUCUUGGAAAGGUCCCACGACCAGAGGCUCCGGCGACCAAGUCAUCCACCAUUAUUGAACAGGUGACGCUUCCUGAAUUGCCAGUCGGUCAACUUGAGGCCUCUUUCGGCGGACGUGACGCCGUCCCCGUUCCAUUUUCUGUUCCCAUUCCUGUGAACACGCCCGGAACAACAACUACACCUCUGGGCAAAAUCUCAUACUCUCUCAUCGCCACUGUGACCACUUCACAAGGGCAAACCAUUAUCACCGAAAAUCCAAUUAAUAUUACGCGCCAACUUAUCCCAGACCGGCAAUGCAUUCAGCAUGUCCGGUCAUAUGCCAAGUCCCCCGCCAUUACCAACAUUGCUUUGUCGCAAACCAUCGCGACGGACGCCAAAUCAGGAAUUUCCGUCUCCGCCAAAUUAUACCUGCGGCGAGGACUAGCAUCAAAAGCCAGAGACUCCGAAUUCAAAUGUGCUACCAUUCGUGGAAUCCACUGGCGCGUGGAAGAAGUCACCAGAUUGGUCGAUCAAACCCUUAAUAACCUCCAAGAUCCCCCGGAGGAUUUCUACUGCAAACGAGAGUCCGUUCGCGAAAUCUGCAGUGGGAAGCAAAAGGGGUACUGGGCCACACGCGACAAUCCCCUGUCGAAGCAGCCGAAAUCAGAAGACCAAGAUUCCGCUGUCGACAUUACGAUUGAUAUCUCGAUUCCCAAAAAUACAAAACUCGCCCCUAUGAUUGACGGUUCCUGCUACGGAUCUGGCACCACGGAUUCUAUAUCGAUGCCACUUGAGCUCCAGGAUCGGUGCCCGACUAGCCAUGAGAAUCUGGCAAUCUUGAUUGAACACCGGCUCAAGCUCGAAUUUGUCACGGGCGAAGAUACUUUCGAUACUCGUUCUAAAAACCUGGUCGACCGCAAGCUGCCGAGGGCUACGCUGUCUGCACACUUCCCUCUCCUUGUUGGGGAGACUUUCAAGUGUGAUUUUGAGGCUAUUGCUUUCAGCAAUCCGCCGAGGUACGAGGAGAUUCCGCUAUCGCCUCCAGAAUAUUCGCUUCCGGAAUAUCAGCAGUUUAUAUGA